AUGAAGCCUAUCACGUUCGAAUCGAUCCGGAAUCUGCUGAAGACGAAAAAGAAACAGAAGGAUAAGUCCAGCAUCGACCAGAGCUUCAAGCGCAGUGACUCGUUUAAGCGCAUCAGCAUCCGGAAGAGCUACCUCGAGCGGGGUCGUAAGCGCAAUGCGGCGGCCGUACUCCGUGGCUCGACCAAGAACCUGGUCAACAUCAACGAGUUCGAGGAUCAGGCAAAGGUGGUCCGGAACCCGACGGACAAGUCGAAAACGAACGCCAGUGAGCCUGCCGUGCCGGACUAUGUCCAGGGUGGUCACGAGGACGCAGGCUUGAACGCCAGUGGUUCGUCGUCGAUUCCCAAGCGACUGUUGGGGUCGUCCCUUACGCCGGAGCUAUCGUUCGAGGAGAAGCUCGAGUCGAACGAUGCGUCGCUUGACGAAAAGAUCCGUGCGUUACAGGAGAUCAACGAUCGGUACAUCAACGAAAACCGCGACUUGAUUGAGAAGACGUACGAGGUCUCGCGAAACGUGGAGAAAGUGAAGAUUAAGAAACCGCCCAGACCAUCUAAACAGUUCCAGCAGCAGCAGCAGCAGCAGCAGCAGCAGCAACAACAAUCGUCCCAGUUGCUGGAAGUUCCCAAGAAAUCCCGCGAAAACGAAGUACAAAGCAGUGAUCUCAGUGGUAAGCCAGUAGCGGCAAAGAACGUUUCGCACGUCAACAUCAAUGUCAGCUCGGACGCUAUUCCCGAGGAGGACGAGGCGCACGAAGGCAGUGUGCGCGGUAAGUCGGUCGAUGAUACGGCGGACGACAAGUCGUUCUACAGCAUUAGCACGUUCACGAUCGAAAGCAACAAUACGCUAACGAACACCGGGCACCACAACAACACUAAUGCAUCGUCGAAGAAGUCGUUCCGGGGUAGUUUCACCAAUGGGACGGGUAAAACGGCCACCGCCACGACCACGACGGAACUCCCGACCCUUGUCACGAUCCGGACGUACUGCGAACCGAACGCUUUGAUGCAAUCGACGACCCACGUCAACGAGCGAUACCUGGAGACGAGUUUUGAUAGCUGCCCCGAAGAGUCCGUUGUGGCGGGCAGGAGGGACGGAAGUCUGAAGCAGCCACUUUUGCGCGUUUCAAAGGACGCACCGAAAAGUCCCUCGUUGGACGGUGAUGUCGCCGAACGGCAGAGGAGUCCCUCGCGGAUCCCGCGCAUAAACACGCAGACGUUCAAGAUGAUCCGCAGCAAAUCGCGCGAUGGGAUCGUGAUACGCAUUCCAGCGAUGGACGAUGGUCAGGAGGGGGACGGACGGGAACAAUCGGGGGCAAAAUCGGACACCGAUAAUCUCAAUCGACAGUUGAGUAACGAUUCGGCGCUGGAUUUGAUCGACGUUGACAUUAAGGUGGACGAGAAGGAUCUGCUGCAUACGGUGGAGCUGAAGAACCAAAAGAACAAGUACCGCAAGAAGGCAAAAAAGGCGUCCGUGUCGAGCAAGACGGGCACACUGGAUGGAGACGCGACGAGCACCUUCAAGAGCCACGAAAACUUCGACCUACAGCGUACACCCAAAGGGGUGUCGGAGGGUGGUGGUACUCCCAACGCCAACGGCAUCCCGGAGCCAAAGUUUAUCUUCCCGAGUAAUUAUUUCGAGGAGGAGAACAACAUCUUCUACGAUCAGACGCUGUACGAUGAAGCGGAGCUUCCGUCACCGGAGAACAGCAUUCCGUACGCGCUGCGCAUUAAGGAGAAUCCGUUCACGAAGAACAAGGAAUUCUACUCGAUCAACACCGGCCGCAUCUGGAAGCAACUGAACCUCGGACAGCAGGAGGAGGACCUCUCCAUCCUAUCAACGCCCGGGCCACGGUUAGUGCCGCCGCCAAAGGUGAAGAAUGAAUCGUUCAAAUCGAUGUCUUCCCGCGAUUCCGGCUUUAGCCUUACGCUAACCAAGCCGAAGAAUCUCUUCCGCCGGAAGUCGAAGAAGGCAACCCUGUUGCAGCGCCGUAAACCACCGAAACUGGCCGUAAGCCGUGACGGUUACUUCAAGCGGGUAAUGGUGGUGCAGCGAAACUCCUCGAAGCGCAAGAAGUCGAUCCGCAAGCAGCGCGUCCCCGGGCGAGAUAUCUUCCGCGAGCUGUACGAUGAGAACUGGAGCAAGCUUGGGGACGGGUUCGGGGAUGAAGUGAGUGCGGCCGCAUCGGCAGCGGUAGCUGAUAGCACCCUGGAACCCGAGGCACCCGAUUUUGCGCGGGACUUUGAAAACUUUUGCAACGAUCGCCGGUACAACCAAGAGAUACACGAUCUGGAGGCAUUCUAUGAGGAGCACCUGAAGCGCCUGCGCCAUUACUAUAUCCAGAAGAAAAAGAUGAACGAGGCAGCUAUUAAGGAAUUCUAUCGGGACUAUGGCGCUGGUCGGGCGGCUGGAUCGGGUGAUGCUGCCGCACCAGGAACGGUCGCGGUUACUUCCGGUCCGGAGGUGGAUGAAGAGAACGACUACUACGAUACGUUUAUUGUGACGAAGAACGAAACGAUACGGUUCAAGAAUAACGCCCUCCAGCAGCGGUACUUUCAGCAAACGGACGCCGGUUUGGAGUUUGUGUUUCCCCAUCCGGACAAGCGCAAAGGUAGCUCCGCCUUACCGGGCGGGAAGUCUGGUCGGAAGCAGCUUUUCCACGAGGUUCGCCCAUACGGAAGCCCUCUGGAAUCACUGAACGGAGGUUCGUCCGCACUUGGGCACUACACCGAGGAAGAGUUCCUUCGGGCAGAACCGUCCCUAGCGGCAAAGGCCAUCGUCACCAGGUAUAAGGAACCAGUGAUGUCGUCAAUGGCGGCCUUUAAAAGGUCCAUUUCUGCUCCAUUCGGUGAUAGCAACUUCCAGCUAACGGCCCCUGGGGACGAGCUGAAGCGCAUUCGAUCCGUUGGUGCGAUCCAGAAUGAAAUCUCACUAGCCAGUAUCUUUCCGUCGGUGAAUGGGGAUAAGGCUAGCGAUCGUCAUAAGUACCUCGGUAAGGAAGCGCUUGCGGAUGACGACGAGGAUGAUGACGACGAUGAGAUCGAGGAUCACGACGAGGGCGAUGACGAUGACGACGAUGGGGAGUUCAGCGAGAACGAGUUCCUGAUCAACAGUCUUGGGGACAAUCUGUACUGCGUGCGGUGCGACAAAAUGAACAGUGACUGUGAGUGCUUCGAAGAGUCGGGUGAUCGGGCGAUGGUACCAAGCGCACGGAAGAACUCUGGCGAACCGCUGGCCAGUAGUAGACUGAACUGUAAGGGAGCGAAAAGGGUGCUGGGUCCAAACGGUGAGGAGGAUGAUGAAGACGAUGACGACGGCCAGAAUGAUGAGAACUACUGUGAUGUGUUCGAUUACAAUGAUAUCAGCAUCAUUCAUGUGAACCACAAGAAGAAAGUGAAGCGAAAAAAGUCCAAAAAGCGCACCGUCCGGAAGAAUCAUUCCACGCUGAGGCGCGGCAGCUACUGGGGUGACAUCACUCAAAAAGGAUACGAAAAGAAACGAACAAGACUCUUGCAGCCAUAUUUGUCCAAAAAUGUGCAGCAUGGCGGUGGAGGAGGUGGUGGAGGUGGAGGUGGUAGCGGCAAUCCCGGCUAUGUCAACGACAUCCAGUCGCAUCUGCAUCAUCCGGCGUCGCAGCAAAAGCAGAACAUCUUCUCCUCCUCCGGUAGUGGUGGUGGUGGUGGAGGUAGUAGUGGUGGUGGCGGAGGAGGAGGAGGUGGUAGUGGUAGUAGUAGGGAGAGGAGUGGCCAUCACCAUUCUUCGUCGUCGUCCCACCAGCAGCAGCGGGAUCAGCGUGAGCAACAACAGCUGCAGCAGAACCGAUCCCGGCGCAGCACCCAGCGGAAGGUGACGCACAACGAGAAGCGCUACCACUCAGAAGUACGCCAGGAGGCGGUACAGCAGGCACUAGCUGCAUUAAAGAAUCGCCCCAAACCUAGCUUACCAAUGCCCUCCAAACGCAGCUCCGUGCUUAACCGUAGCCCCGAGCGCGACCAUGACGAUUCAGACUCCAGUACGGAAGAUGAAUCCAUACCGGAGGAAGGUAUGCUGGGAAGGAUAUCGACCCCGGACCGGGACAACUACAAUCUGCCUCGUGAUCACAUACUCACACGGGAACCGAUGAAGUUGCCCUCCUCCCGGGAUCACCACCAUCACUCACAACCGCAGCCAUUGCCCCCGCCGCAGCAACAGAAGCAAUCGUCGCAGCACGGCAUUGAGCGCCGACCACCACAGACAAUUCCGACGCAGCCGAACAGCACACAGCACGCAACGCUGUCCGACACGUCGUCGGCCGGGUCGCCGCCGGCCGUACACCGCAACAACCACCAGUACCAGAACAAACCCGGCUACGAUCUGACCGAUCUGAGCGACUUCCAGCCGCAGCAACGGACACCGUAUGCCGCGCCAGACAUCACACAGUUCAGCGCGAACACCAGGCGCGGUGCGGACCGGGUGACGCGCUAUGUGAAUCUGGCGAACCAGGAACCAGGCGAUACGAGUACGGCCGGCCGGUGGAAGGUGUCCGCGAAGAUACAGCAGCUGCUCAACACGCUCAAGCGACCGAAGCGACGCCCACUGCCUGAGUUCUACGAGGACAACGAUAUCGAGCUUGAGAUCGCGGCUAACCCGAAGGAUCCGAACGCACCCAAGCCCGAGGGCAGUCUGAUGACACCGGUGCAAGGGGAACAGCUGAUCGUGCCAUCCGGGUUACCGCGUACACUCGAGGCAGCCCUGCAGCGGUACGGCACGAGCUCCUUCAAGGCUCCGAUGGCAACGGUGCUCGAUCCGAACGGAAAGAUGACGACCACGCUCACCUACGGGAAGCUGCUGUCGCGCGCACAAAAGAUCGCCUACGCUCUCUCGACGAAGGUCUUCAGCAAAGGACCGGAACAAGUAUCUCUUAAACCGGGCGAUCGCGUAGCGCUGGUCUACCCAAACAGUGAUCCGUUAAAUUUCCUCACAGCCUGGUAUGGUUGUAUGUUCCGUGGGCUCGUGCCGCUACCAAUUGAGCUGCCACUGUCCAGCUCGGACUCGCCACCCCAGCAGGUCGGUUUUCUGCUAAGCUCGUGCGGCGUCCAUGUGGCGCUCACUUCCGAGGCCUGCCUGAAGGGACUGCCGAAGUCAUCCACCGGCGAGGUGGCCAAGUUGAAGGGCUGGCCCCGAUUGCACUGGUUCGUGACGGAGCACCUGCCCAAGGUGCCGAAGGAUUUCAACACCAGCAACAACCGCAUCAGCGAGGACUCGAACGCGUACAUCGAGUACACGACCGACAAGGAUGGAAGCGUGAUGGGCGUGACAGUGUCACGCCAGGCUAUGAUAAAUCACUGCCGUGCGCUAACGAUGGCCUGCCACUACACCGAGGGCGAGACGAUCGUCUGCGUGCUCGAUUUUAAGCGCGAGGUCGGUCUAUGGCACAGUAUCCUCACGUCCGUACUGAACGGCAUGCACGUUCUGUUCAUUCCGUACGCGCUCAUGAAGCUUCGGCCAUCCUCCUGGAUGCAGCUCAUCACCAAGUAUCGCGCCUCGUGCUGCCUUGUGAAGAGUCGGGAUCUACACUGGGGUCUGCUGGCCACCAAGGAUCACAAGGAGAUUUCACUUUCGUCGCUGCGGAUGCUGCUGGUGGCGGACGGCGCAAAUCCGUGGUCACUGUCCAGUUGCGAUCAGUUCCUGAGUGUGUUCCAAUCGAAGGGACUCCGGCCGGAUGCAAUCUGUCCGUGUGCGAGCAGCUCGGAGGUGUUUACGGUUUCGUUGCGCCGACCGGGACGGUCCGCUGUUGGAGGCUACAAUCAGUCGGCCACGGGCCGCGGCGUUCUGUCAAUGUCCGCACUAUCGCAUGGCGUUGUCCGAGUUGAUAGUGAGGAUUCGCUUACUUCACUUACACUCCAGGACUGUGGUCAAGUUAUGCCGAGUGCUACGAUGGUUGUCGUCAGUGCCGAAGGAUCACCGGUGCUGUGCAAAACGGAUCAGGUCGGCGAAAUCUGCGUCACUUCCGGAUCUAGCGGAACUGCCUACUACGGUUUGGAGGGCAUGACAAACUCCACCUUCAAGGUGCAACCCCUUCUCGAGGCGCCCGUCACGAAGGACGGCGAAACGAUCCCCGGGAAGCCGAUCGGGGAAGAAACAUACGUACGCAGCGGUCUACUCGGUUUCCUCGGUCCGGGUGGGCUCGUGUUCGUUUGUGGCUCCCGGGACGGCCUAAUGACGGUGACUGGCCGGAAGCACAACUCCGACGAUAUCAUCGCGACGGUGCUGGCCGUCGAACCGAUGCGCUUCAUUUACCGCGGCCGCAUCGCCGUGUUUAGCAUAAAGGUGCUGCGGGACGAGCGGGUGUGCGUCAUCGCCGAGCAGCGCCCGGACUGCUCGGAGGAAGAAUCAUUCCAGUGGAUGUCGCGAGUGCUGCAGGCGGUCGAUUCGAUCCAUCAGGUCGGCAUCUACUGCCUGGCGCUGGUGCCUCCGAACCAUCUGCCCAAAACUCCGCUCGGUGGCAUCCACCUGACCGAGGCCCGGCGGCGAUUCCUCGAAGGUUCGCUGCAUCCGGCCAACGUGCUCAUGUGCCCGCACACCUGCGUCACCAACCUUCCGAAACCCCGCGAAAUGCACCACGGCUCUAUCCAACAACUUCAAAUUUCCGGAACGUCGUCUUCGUCCUCCGCCUCGAAUCUUCUCGGCGUCGGAACGGGUGGAACCGCGGGUUCUACGGUGGGCGUCGUCGGCGGUGCAGAUGCCUCCGUUGGUCCGGCAUCCGUCAUGGUCGGUAAUUUGGUGCAGGGCAAUCGGCUUGCAUCUGCCCAGGGUCGCGAUAUCGGUCUGGCCGAUGACAAUGAGCGUAAGCAUCAACUGAUCACGGGAGUCCUGCGAUGGCGUGCCAACUCGUCGCCCGACCAUGUCCUCUACACUCUGCUCAACGCGAAGGGUGCGGUCGCGAAAACGCUCACCUGCUCCGAGCUGCACAAACGGGCGGAAAAGAUUGCCGCCCUGCUGCAGGAACGGGGCAAGGUGAAUCCGGGUGAUCACGUUGCGCUGAUCUUCCCGCCCGGAUUGGAUCUGAUCUGCGCGUUCUACGGAUGUCUGUACCUUGGCGCAGUUCCGGUUACCAUUCGGCCACCGCAUCCGCAGAAUCUCAUCACCACCCUGCCCACCGUGCGCAUGAUCGUGGACGUAUCCAAGAGUGGUAUCAUCCUUUCGAUCCAGAGCAUUAUCAAGCUGCUCAAAUCACGUGAGGCCGCAACGUCAAUCGACCCCAAGAGCUGGCCUACCAUACUGGACAUCGAGGACAAUCCGAAGCGCAAGCUGGCUGCCAUCGCCAACAGCACGUUGGAUUCGACGGCCUACCUGGACUUCAGUGUUUCCACCUGUGGUCGCCUAAGUGGCGUCAUAAUAACGCAUCGAUCCUUGUCGAGUCUUUGUGCCAGUCUGAAGCUUGCCUGUGAGCUCUACCCUAGUCGCCAUGUGGCACUCUGCCUUGAUCCGUACUGUGGCCUUGGCUUCUCCAUGUGGACCCUGAUCAGCGUCUACAGUGGCCAUCAUUCGAUUCUGAUCGCUCCGUACGAGGUGGAAGCCAAUCCUAGUCUUUGGCUGAGCACACUGUCGCAGUAUCGCGUGCGGGACACGUUCUGCUCGUACGGCGUCAUCGAGCUGUGCACCAAGGCCCUCAGCAACUCCAUCCAGGCGCUGAAGCAGCGUAACAUCAACCUCGGCUGCGUGCGGACGUGUGUCGUCGUGGCGGAGGAGCGCCCGCGCGUACAGCUCACGCAGCAGUUCUGCAAACUGUUCCAGGCGCUUGGCCUCAACACGCGCUGCGUAUCGACGUCGUUCGGGUGUCGCGUCAAUCCGGCCAUCUGUGUGCAGGGUGCCAGCUCGGCCGAAAGUGCCCAAGUGUACGUGGACCUGCGGGCGCUGCGGAACAAUCGGGUCGCUCUGGUCGAGCGGGGUGCACCAAAUUCGCUGUGUCUAGUCGAAUCGGGCAAGCUGCUGCCGGGCGUAAAGGUGAUCAUCGCCAACCCGGACUCGAAGGGACAGUGUGGAGAUUCGCAUCUGGGAGAGAUUUGGGUUCAAUCACCGCACAACUCGAAUGGUUACUUCACGAUCUACGGCGACGAGACGGACUACAACGACCAUUUCAACGCUAAACUAGUGACCGGCUGUUCGACCAGCGAUAUCUGGGCCCGGACAGGCUACCUAGGCUUCUUGCGCCGCACCGAGUGCUCGCAGGCGGGCUCGAUCCUGGACGAAACUACCCCGAGCAUAGCUAGUCGCGAUUCGGAUACCGAAUCAAUCCAUUCACAGGGUCACAAUACGCUCAACUCGACGACAAGCUCGAACGCGGCCACUCCGGCAACGACGGCGGUCGUCGGAGGCAGUGAGCAGGAGCUGCACGAUGCGGUGUACGUGGUCGGUGCACUGGAUGAGGUGAUUACGUUGCGUGGCAUGAACUACCAUCCGAUCGACAUUGAGAACUCGGUGUUGCGCUGCCACAAGAAGAUCGCCGAGUGUGCCGUCUUCACCUGGACCAACCUGCUUGUGGUCGUGGUCGAGCUGGACGGGAACGAGUCGGAAGCGCUCGAUCUGGUGCCGCUGGUGACAAACACGGUGCUGGAAGAGCAUCAACUCAUCGUCGGCGUGGUCGUUGUCGUCGAUCCCGGCGUUGUUCCCAUCAACAGCCGCGGUGAGAAGCAACGGAUGCAUCUGCGCGAUGGUUUCCUCGCCGACCAACUGGACCCGAUUUACGUUGCCUACAACAUGUAAAGCACAACUAGCAGCAGCAGCAGCGUAACCAAUAAUGCCAACCAAACUGCCUCGUUGUCGGAUGCCUACCGCCCACUCGCCCCGCAGCAUUGUUGUCGCACUGGACUCUGUACACUGGACAUACACAUUCGUCGACCGGUUGUUGAAAUUUGCGAGCGGUUGCGAGGUGCUUAUAUUGUCCCACAAUUGUGACGAAAACACGGAAAAGGAAACGUAACUGUUUACAAGGAGAUUGCUAAGAGGAAAAGCAGUGGGCGCGCUCACAGAACAUUGACGACAUUUCUCUUCUUUUCCGCGCUGGUGCAGAUGCGCAAACACAAAGGGAAAAUUAUCCAGAAAUGUCUAAAGCGAGAGCGAUAAAGAGCAGGGAAGAAAACUCACUUUGAAGCAUACGCAAACAAAAACGCACAUAAUAAUUUGUAGUAGUUGCAAUUAGAAACUAAAUUCCAUUGAAUUGUUGUUGUGCGGUUAUGUCGGGGGAAAAGGGAUGCGAACAUUAAUUUGUAUUCCCCAAACGAAGCAUGAGAAUGAAUGAGAAGCUGUAUAGAGAAGGCAACCUUUGCCAUAUCGAUGAAAAAUUUCUCUGCCGACAGGGCCGGGAAGAAUUCCAAUUCCCAACCUACGCAAUGUAGUGGUAGAACGAUAAAGCUAUUCGAAACAUCAAAUGGGCAGCGUGAAGCGACCACACUCUAAUCUUCCUUUGGAAAACAAAUCAUUUAAUCAAUCAUCAUCAAGCGAUUAGAAGCGGCAUUCAUUAGCAAUUUCGAUAAGACCUCCAAAAUGCCGCUGGUAUUUAUCUAAUCUAUUUCCCUUUUUUAUAGAAAGCGUUGUACAUUUGGUUCACGGUUGGUGUGAUUUAGGUUGAGGUUUCAUUUUAAAUUAAAAAACAGUUUUUGAACAAAUGGCGAACGAUUGCGACAGAAUAGUAAAAGUCACACUAAAGCUUUCCAUCGUUUGUCCUUCCGUUUUAGGUUGUAUCGACACGGUUUCUUUUUGGAAGAUUACGAUUAUAUACGACCUCUGUACAUACUACUUAACGUAAAGAAAAGGCAAAAGGAUAAAAAGGGAAGCAAACCGGAGAAUGGAGCUAAAUUCGCUCUAACGCGUGAAAGUGAAAAAGGAAAAACACUAUUUAAAGUAAACAGAAAUCAAUUUGCUCUUGUCCGCAAGAAGCGCCAAGCCGGUUUUGCGAACGAGGCGAGGGAUUAGUUAUUCUCGUAUUAUCGAAGUGUAUAACGUAUACUUAGUACAGUAGCGGCACACAAACGGACGCCCUCAAAGUAAGAGGAUUUUUUUUCACAUGAUAACAAUACACAGACGUACUUUCCUUCCUCGUUCUUCGAUUCUGCCCUGCUCUGCAACUUCCUUCGACGUACAUGUAGGUUUACGAGUGUUUUUUGUGGUAGUUACAAUAAUAUAACUUCCUUUGUGAUUUACUAAGAUGUAGCAAGUUGACAAGCAGCGGAUGUUGGAUAUAUAAACGACGAAAGCGUAAAGAGAAUGAAAUACAUGAACUAGAAAACCCCUUUCCGACCUUUUCUUACAACUGCGACAACGGUUACGAUUGGGCUUUGUGGGGAAAUAUAAAUAUUUAAAAAGCAUCCUAAAACUCCAUUUCUUCCUCCAUAUAGACUUAUAUUAACCAUCCUAUUGAUUCCGCCAAUUGGUUGAUAUGAGAAAGCCACUAUUGAACGGCUGAUUUAGUGACACGAAGCGGAUAAAAAUAAGUGACUUUUUUCCAAAUAAUUAUUGCGGAAAAACUUCCCUACCCUUCCCAACGAGCUCUCUUGCUGUUUAACAGUAUUUUUUAUCCAUUCACGAUCGGUCCCGUUUUAACUAAGCUUAAGUCACUGUGUUCGCGUUCGGUAGGUGCAAGGUUGAGCGAUAUGUAAGACAACUAGGGUGGUAAAAUUCUUUCGGUUUUGAUGAGAUGACCGAAUAGAAUGAAGAAAAAAAUCGAUAGCAUUAGGACAUAAGCUUGCUAACAGGUAAAAUACAACCGUGCGAUGGUUUUGAUUAUGUUUCCUUCUCUUUAUUGCAUUCAAUAUGCUUUUGUUUUCUAGUCUGCUUCACUUUUCACAUAGUUCAUGUGGUGACGAUGUAAAAAAGGGCUACAUUUUAAAUGUUCUUCUUCCAUGAUUCGGGGAGCUAAAGCGCUUCUU